CACAUCGCAUUCCACGCUAAAAACCCGCACCACACGCAUACAAGGGGGUGAUUUCAAUAUUCACGUUCGAUAGCUAAGAAAGAAGGCUUUUUAGUGUCGUUUGCGUUUCCAGCACUAAUUUCCGCCGAAAAAGUGAUUGCAAACGUCGAAAAAUGCAUCUGGCUAUCGGCGUGAUAUUGUUGUGUUGCGGGAGCCACGCCUACCCAGCGCCAUCACCCGUUGAGUUACCAUGGAGUCCCUUCGCGCACUACGGGGAGCCACAGAUAUCGCAGGAUUACGAAUAUGUAGGUCCUGCCUUGAUUGGUGAAAUGAUUAAUCCAAGAGUUACACGGAAUCCUUCACCAGGAGCAAUUGAUAUCGUUACAAAUGGAGUUGUAGCAGGUUUAAACUUCUUUGACAAUCUUGUCCCGCCAGUUUAUGAAAGCGCCGUACGUCCCAUCGAUCCGAAUGCUGUCGACACGCUCAAGAAUUUCACCCGGUCGAGACGACACGAGAAUGAAUCAACUACAACCGAAUCGCCAUUAACUGAGUCUACAGAAAUCCUAACCACAACUAUAACACCCACGACUGAAUCAAUAGCGAUAGUGACACCUAUGGUUAUUAUGCAAGAUAAAAUGGAUGUGGGUCAAGUAGCGACACCUCGCGCCGACACGUCUGAACUGGAACAAAUGAUCAAACAACUUAAUAAUGCUUUAUUGUACAUACAACAACAUGGAAAUGAAAAAAUCCAUGAGGAAAUCAGCAAUACAACAUCAACUGAAAAAUUAGUGCAGUACAUUUCUACUCAGGUUGAAUUAUUGUCAAAAAAUAAAAAUAUUGAAGGACGUCCACAGAAAAUCAAACAAAUCUCAAAAGCUUUGGAUAUUCUUUUGAAUAGGAUUGCAAAAUCAGCGAAACCUUUAAUACCAAAACAAGAUAGUCAAGAAAAAACGAAAACUGAUCCUAUUUUAAUGGCGCGUAUUGUACAACACGUAGCAGAAUUAAAGAAAUCUGUAAUAUCGGAUAAGGAAAACAACGGUUAUGAAUUGACAUCUGCUGAAUUGGAUAGCGGGUUGCCUGCUAGGUUCAGACCUGUGAGACAAGGUGGUGAUGACGAGAAUACCAUCAAUGAUCAAGAUGAUCAAGAUUCAGAUGAAAAUGAUGUUAAUAAAGAUGUGGAACAGAUUGCUCCGAAAGUUACCACUACAACAAUGAAGCCUGGUGAAGUCACUGCCAGACAAGAGGAGAGUUCUGAUCAACAGAGUUCUUCACAAGAAGGUGGUGGUAAUCUUGUUGCAAAUUUACUUUCUUCAUUUUUGGGAAGUUUGAGUAAACCUAAUGGUGCUGUUGAUGUUGAUGCUAUUGUUGCUUUAGUCAGUGGUCUAAGUGUGCAAAGAGACGAUGGUACCUUUGAUUUCAGUGGUCUAACUGACCUUCUGCAGAGCUUCCUAGGGGGUGAUGGAGACGGUGAGGGUGGAUCUGAUGUAGGAGCCUUCUUGGGUGGACUCCUUGGAGCUAUAAUUCAAGGUAGUGCCAAUCCUCCAGGACCAAAAGGUACAGGACGUUUGACAGGUAAUUUAGUAGCUGGUAUCCUUCCUGGAUUAAGUGGACCUCCGCCGCCAUCUUCGUCAGAGGAAGCAGGUAACGGCGCUAUGCAACCAGGUAAACCCAUUGAUUCGGGUUCGUUUCUCGCUGGGCUACUCACAAGUAUGUUGGGUGCGUCCAGUGGUACCAGCAGUGGGUCUCAUCCUAUGAACGGGGCUGAUAAUCACAAAAUGGGCUCUGCAGGUUUCUUCAUGAAGUUGAAGCAAGAACUGUUCAAAACGAUAUUCGGACUGAUUACCUCCAUUUUGGGUGCUUCAUCAGGCGGGAUUUCACAAGCAAGUGGCGCUAGCAGCGGUGCUAGCUCGCAGAAGUUCGGCGGGAAACACUAAACCUCCAUUUUGAAUGCAAAAAAAACAUAAUAUCGUUGUGAAUUUAUAAAUUUAUUCAUGUUUAUUUUUAUACUGAUGCUUAACGUUUACAAAGCAGAACAUUUUAUCAACGUCGAAACAAAACAAACAAAAAAAUUACAAUAAAAGAAAGUAUUGUGAAUUCUUUAUGGAACAUUUGAGUUUGUACUAAAAAAUAAAAACGGUUUUAAUUAUA